UUUGUUUUGAAGAUUCGACAAUAGAGCGAUUUUAUUUUUAAAAUCAAUUUAACUAUAAUGUCAAAAGAAUGUAGGAAAUCUGCACGAAUACAACAGCAAGUACAAUGUUUGGAAAUUGCAGCUGCAACAAAAAAAGUGAAAAAGAACGAGAAACCGUCUCCAAAUUGUUUUGAUUUUAUAAAUAAUGAUUUUCAAAAAGAAUUGAAUCAAAUAGAAGCAUCAAAUGAAAGAGCAACAGAAUUAUUUGAUGAUCAUGAUAUUGAAGGUAAUAAAAUAUAUCGAAUGCAAGGCACUCCAGUGAAAAAAAAUGCAAUGAUUGAAAAAGCGAAACAAUAUAGAGAUUCACUUCAAAUAAUAAGUGUGCAUAAUCAAUUGUCAAAAAAUCUUGAAAAUACUGAUGAAAAAAAACAGCAGAAACAUGUAAGUAAUUUGUCAAACGAAACUGAUAGUGAUGAAGAAUUAUAUUCUGGUUCAAAUAAAAAUCAUAAAAACAAUAGAAGCAAAGUAAUAAGUAAAAAUGAAAAGGCAAAACAAUGUAAACAGACCCUCCAAAUAGAAGAGUCAGUAAUGCCAGUUGGUCGAAUGACUAGGUCAAAAGCUAGAGAAUAUCUCAUGGAGCCAGAUGAUUACUUUGCUAGUCAAUCAGUAAAAUCCCUUACAUCUAAUAAUACUUUGAGCAGAUUGAAAAAUAAGCAAUUAGAUGAAACAACAUUACAAGAAUUACUGCUAUCGACUAAUUAUAUUCCUAAAAAGCAUCAAGAAGCUUUUAAGGAAAUGAAAAAUAAUUUUGAAAAAAAAUACAUUGAAUGGCUUCAUACCAUGGAAGAAGGUUUUACUGUACUAUUGCAUGGAGUUGGUUCAAAAAGAACAUUGAUAAACAAUUUUUAUAAAAAAAUGAUUCCUGAUGAACCAACAUUGAUUAUAAACGGCUUUUUUCCUAGUUUAACUAUCAAAGAUAUUCUAGAUAAUAUUAUGACUGAGUUACUAGGAUUAGAACAAGUGCCAAAUCAAAAUGAAUGUUUUGAGAUUAUUGAAAAAAUCAUGAAAACUUAUCCAGAUGACAGAAUGUACUUACUGAUACAUAAUUUAGAUGGUGGAAUGCUGCGUACAAAUAAAGCUCAAGAUGUUUUAUCUCGUUUGGCAAAUAUACCAAAUAUUCAUAUGUUGGCUUCAGUGGACCAUAUCAAUGCCCCUUUGAUUUGGGACAAUGUCAAAAGAGCAAGAUAUAACUUUUAUUGGGUAGAUGCUACGACUUUUCUACCUUAUGAAGCUGAAACAUCAUAUGAGAGUUCUUUACUUGUUCAAAAAAGUGGAGCUUUGGCAUUACUCUCUUUACAAAAUGUAUUUGCUUCAUUGACUUCAAAUGCUAAAUCCAUUUAUAAACUUUUAGUUGAAUAUCAACUAAAAAAUGGAGGGACUAAUUACACUGGUAUGUCAUUCAAAGAUUUGUACAAAGAAUCACGAGAACAUUUUCUUGUAAGUUCAGAUCAAGCAUUACGUGCUCAGUUGACUGAGUUUAUUGAUCAUAAACUUGUGAAAAAUAAGAGAAAUUUUGAAGGAGUAGAAUCACUUAUUAUACCAUUGGAUAAUGCAUUGCUUAAGCAAUUUCUUGAACAGCAAAAUGAAAUGUUUUAAAGUAAUUUGUACAAAGGAGUUUUAUUUAUUUUUUUAAUAUUUAAUUAUUAGUUUAUUAUUAAUAAUUUCUAUAAAUAGUGCUAUUUAAAGUUUAAAGAUAUGAAAAUUAUGUCAUAAGCUUUUGUAUUUUUCUAUUAAACUAUUUAUAAUAAGAUCA